AUGUGCUUUAAGAUGUGUUUGUACAUUGUUCGUGAUUCACAACAUCUUAUUCUUCACGACAUAAAAAUCGCCAUCAUGCUUACUUGGCUCAAGAAACGUUGUAGACGAAACUCAGCUCCUUCCGGUUCUAACAAGAAAAGUAGAAGUUGCAUCGAUCCCGAUGUCACGCCACCAUUUUAUUUCGAGCUAGAAGACGACAGUUUAAGCGAUCAUGACUACGAAGAGGUUCCAGAUUGCAGUCCCGAGUCAUACGCUACGUACUACUUAGCCAAAGAAAUUACCUCCCUUACCCAGGAAUUGGUUACAGACUUGUCCAACGUCGAUUUAUGUCCAACAUGUAGAAGAAAUUGCUCCACACAAGUCCAAAAAGCCAAUGAUUCACUUUGUUCCUGUUAUGCACAACCCAUUGACCCGAUCUACAGUAAGGCUACGGCCAUCUCUUCAUACGCCGUAUUGCCACGAUGUUUUGCAGAAUACGAUCUUCCAACCAGCAGUCCAAUAUCUAGCCAGCUGUACUCCCGUAUAAAUAUAGAGAAGAAACGCAAGUUGUUUAGAAGCCGCUCUGAUAUCAGACGAAGACCUCUUCCAGAACUUCCGGUACGACGUGAAGCAGAUGAUGACGUCACUUAUGAUGGUGGAAGUGAGAGUAGUGGUUUUUAUGAGAUUAUUGACUCUGAUGAAGACAAUUCUUUGAUUGGUGUUGGACCUGGUUACAUGUCCGAAUCUAUCCUCGUGUGA